UCAAAUCCUCCUCCUCGUAAAUAAUAUUUGCAUACACUACCUGUAUACGAACCUAUUCGUUCUAUUUUCUAAUCCUAGAGUAAUCCUUGGUGGCGUUUUAUAGCGAGCUGAUUCUUGUUCUCGUUGGUUUUCCUUAUUCCGGAGGGGCGGGCUGCUGUGCGGGCAUUCCUCAUUCUCAGCUCCUCAAGCUCUACUCCAGGAGCCCUCGAGGCACAGCGCCCGCACGUCAUCACCGAGCUUACCCGUUCCCCCUGAAAUCACACACCUGCGUUCCCCGUGCCGCCCAACACACACGCGUUUAAGGAUGCCUUAACACACGGCAACCGCUGUGGGAGCUAUCGGUGAGCCCGAGCUCGGCCAGGUGAGCGGCGUGGCAGCCUUGGGGCGCGCUCCUCCCCGGGGCAGGGCGGGGAUCUGGACGGCGCGGCCCGGGGCGGGCGGAGGAGCGGUCGGCCGUCCCGGCAAAGCUGCGCCCAUGGCGCUGGCCGAGCUGUACACACAGUACAACAGGGUUUGGAUUCCCGAUAGCGAAGAAGUCUGGCAGUCUGCAGAAAUCACAAAAGACUACAAAGCAGGAGACCGUUUUCUCCGUGUGCAAUUAGAAGAUGGAACUGAGCUCAAUUACCCUGUUGAUCCAUCUGCUUUGCCACCUCUGAGAAAUCCUGACAUCCUUGUUGGUGAAAACGACCUGACAGCACUCAGCUACCUCCACGAACCUGCUGUUCUGCACAAUCUUAAAGUCCGUUUUGUGGAGUCUCGGCUCAUCUACACCUAUAGUGGAAUAAUUUUGGUUGCAAUAAAUCCCUACAAGCAGUUGCCAAUAUAUGGAGAUGCUAUUAUUCAUGCGUAUAGUGGGCAAAACAUGGGGGACAUGGAUCCUCAUAUAUUUGCUGUGGCAGAAGAGGCAUACAAGCAAAUGGCAAGAAAUAGCAAGAAUCAAUCUAUUAUAGUCAGUGGAGAAUCGGGAGCUGGAAAGACUGUGUCUGCAAGAUACACUAUGAGGUACUUUGCCACCGUGAGUAAGUCAAGCAGCAAUGCACAUGUGGAGGAUAAAGUUUUGGCAUCCAAUCCGAUAACCGAGGCUGUUGGCAAUGCAAAAACCACACGGAAUGAUAACAGCAGUCGGUUUGGAAAAUACACUGAAAUCAGUUUUGAUCCAAGUUACCGAAUCAUUGGAGCCAACAUGAGGACGUACCUGCUGGAGAAAUCCAGAGUUGUCUUCCAGUCAGAGAAUGAGAGAAAUUACCAUAUAUUUUAUCAGCUCUGUGCAUCUGCUAUGCAACCUGAAUUCAAGCAUCUUAAGUUGGGAAGCGCGGAAGAAUUUAACUACACGAGAAUGGGUGGCAGUACGACUAUUGAAGGAGUUGAUGACAGAGCAAAUAUGAUUGAGACUCAGAAGACGUUUGCCUUACUGGGUCUGAAAGAGGAUUUUCAGAUGGAUGUUUUUAAAACGCUGGCAGCAAUCCUGCACUUAGGCAACUUGGAAAUAACAGCAGUUGGAGAUGAGAGGUCAUCCGUCAAUCUGGAAGACAAUCAUCUCAAUGUAUUCUGUGAGCUUCUGGAAUUAAACAGUGACAAAAUGGCACAGUGGUUGUGCCACCGAAAGAUUAUCACUACUUCAGAGACUGUAAUAAAGCCAAUGACAAAACCUCAGGCUCUUAAUGCAAGGGAUGCUUUGGCAAAGAAGAUCUACUCUCAUUUGUUUGACUUUAUUGUGGAAAGAAUUAAUCAAGCUUUGCAGUUCUCUGGCAAGCAACAUACUUUUAUUGGUGUUCUGGAUAUUUAUGGCUUUGAAACAUUUGAUGUGAACAGUUUUGAACAAUUUUGCAUCAAUUAUGCCAAUGAAAAACUACAGCAGCAGUUUAACCUGCAUGUCUUUAAACUUGAACAAGAAGAAUAUAUGAAGGAAGAUAUCCCGUGGACUUUAAUAGAUUUCUAUGACAACCAACCUGUCAUUGACCUUAUUGAAGCUAAAAUGGGAAUUUUAGAGCUUUUGGAUGAAGAGUGCUUGUUGCCCCAUGGAACAGAUGAGAACUGGCUUCAAAAGCUGUAUAAUAAUUUUGUCAACAAAAACACGCUCUUUGAAAAGCCGAGGAUGUCAAACACGUCUUUCAUCAUUCAACACUUUGCUGAUAAGGUAGAAUAUAAGUGUGAAGGAUUUCUGGAAAAAAACAGGGAUACGGUGUAUGAAGUUUUGAUGGAAAUUUUGAAAGAGAGCAAGUUUCAUCUGUGUGCAAGCUUUUUUCAAGACAAUCCAGCACCCAUUUCACCUUUCAGUUCAACUAUAAGCAUCAAAUCUGCAAGACCUGUCCUCAAGUCACCCAACAAGCAGCUCCGGAUGACAGUUGGCAGUAAGUUUCGGAGUUCUUUGUCUCUACUCAUGGAGACCCUUAACGCAACCACCCCUCACUACGUGCGAUGCAUAAAGCCAAAUGAUGAGAAGCAGCCUUUUGAGUUUGACUCAAAAAGGGUGGCUCAGCAGCUGCGAGCAUGUGGUGUUUUGGAAACCAUUCGAAUUAGUGCACAGAGCUAUCCGUCCAGAUGGACUUACAUUGAGUUUUUCAGCCGCUACAGCAUCCUUAUGACACAGCAGGAGCUCUCUUUCAAUGAUAAGAAACAGAUCUGCAAGAUUGUUUUGCAGCGGCUUAUCCAGGAUCCUAACCAGUAUCAGUUUGGGAGAACGAAAAUUUUCUUCAGAGCAGGACAAGUUGCUUACUUAGAGAAACUGCGCUCAGACAAACUGAGGCACGCCUGCAUCGUGAUCCAGAAGAGCGUUCGGGGCUGGCUGCAGCGCCGCAGGUUCCUGCGCAUGAAGCAGGCGGCCGUUACCAUCCAGCAGUACUGCCGUGGGCAGCGCGCCGUGCGGCAAGCCAUAACUGCACAAGCUCUGAAGCAAACAUGGGCAGCUAUAAUUAUUCAGAAAUACUGCCGAGGUUACCUCGUCCGUAAGCUUUGCCAGCUCAUCCAGGUGGCUGCUGUAACAAUCCAGGCUUAUACCAGAGGAUUUCUAGCAAGGAGGAAAUACCGGAAGAUGCUUGAAGAACACAAGGCUGUGAUCCUUCAGAAAUACGCCCGUGCGUGGCUCGCCAGGCGCAGGUUUCAGAACAUCCGGCGGUUUGUACUGAACAUCCAGCUUUCGUACAGAGUUCAGCGGCUGCAGAAGAAGAUAGAAGAACAGAGCAAAGAAAAUCAUGGCUUGCUGGAACGAUUGACUAACCUGGCUUCAACUCAUAUGAAUGACUUGGAUACAAUUCAGAAACUUGAAUCAGAGCUUGAAAAGUUAGCUGCUCAAAAGAGAACUCACGAGGAGAAAGGGAAAAAAUAUAAAGAGGACAGUGAACAGAAAAUAUUGAAACUUGAGAGUCAGAUUAAAGAGUUACGAGAACAGAAGGAGACUUUAGAAGUAAAGCUGCAAGAGAAAACAGAGGAAAUGAAAGAGAAAAUGGAUGACCUCACGAAGCAACUUUUCGAUGAUGUACGAAAAGAAGAAAGUCAGAGAAUGAUACUUGAGAAAAAUUUCCAAAGUCAGAAACAAGACUAUGAAAAGGAAAUUGAAUCGCUCAAGGGAGAAAUAAAGGUUCUCAGAGAAGAAAAAACGCAGCUACAGCAACAAAUGCAGCAAGAGAUUGCCAUUCAGGAUGACCUGAAAAUAGAAGUAGGACAACUUACAAAACAAGUGCAGAAAAUACCUGAGUUGCAAAAGGAAAUUGAACUGCUGCAGAUGCAGAAACUGGAUGUUGAAAAACAGGCCCAAUCACAGAAGAGAGAGAUGAGGGAAAAGAUGUCAGAAGUUACAAAACAGCUUCUUGAAAGCUACGAUUUUGAAGAUGUCAGAAGCAGGCUGUCUACAGAGGAUCUGGAACACUUAAAUGAAGAUGGAGAAUUGUGGUUUGCUUAUGAAGGCUUGAAAAAAGCUACAAGAGUACUGGAAAGUCACUUCCAAUCUCAGAAGGAAAACUAUGAAAAGGAGAUUGAAGGUUUGAACUUGAAAGUUGAACAUCUUAGCCAAGAUAUUAAUCAUCUACAAAAACUAUUUCGAGAGGAAAAUGACAUAAAUGAUGGAAUUCGGCUUGAAGUUAGCAGGCUAACUUCAGAAAACCUGGUGAUCCCAGAUCUUAAACAGCAAGUUUCUGAGCUUGAGAACCAAAAAUUAGACCUUGAAAAUCGUCUUCAAGAGCAGACUGCAAAGUUGAAAGAGAUGUCUAACCGGCUGCAUCAUGAGCCAGAAGGGGACAGAACACUAAGACGAACAAAUGAGAUCCAGAAUGAAAUGGACGUAACAGAAAAAGGGAGGUUGAAUGUCAUAACCCAAGAAAUGGAGGGGCUGAGCAAUGGUUUGAAGCAAGAUGAAAUCCAGGCUGAAGUAAAAAGCAAGAUGAAGCAAGAAACAACUCGGCUUACUGUGGAAAACAUGGACCUUGAAGAAGAACUAGACAUGAAAGAUAGAAUAAUAAAGAAAUUGGAGGAUCAGAUCAAAACUCUUACCAAGACUAUUGAAAAAGGCAAUGAAGUUUCUGUGUCAGCUUUGUCCAAAGAGUACAUUGGAAUGAUGGAGUACAAAAGAGAGGAUGAAGAAAGGAUUGUUCAAAAUCUGAUCCUCGCUGUAAGUCUCAGGAGCGCUCUUGGAACUUCAGUUUACUUUCUUCCUAGUCCUCUACAAAGAUAUUUAAAGCCACGUGGAGUUGUUGUCAAUAUGAUACCUGGCCUUCCAGCUCACAUCCUAUUCAUGUGUGUGAGGUAUGCAGAUUAUCUGAAUGAUGCUGACAUGCUGAAAUCUUUCAUAAAUGUAACCAUUGGUGGUAUAAAACAAGCUGUUAAGGAAAAUUCAGAAGAUUUUGAGAUGUUGUCUUUUUGGCUUUCCAAUACAUACUAUUUUCUUAACUGCUUGAAGCAAUACAGUGGGGAAGAGGAAUUUAUGAAAUACAAUACCCCUCGUCAGAAUAAGAACUGCCUGAAGCAUUUUGAUCUCUCAGAGUACAGACAAGUUCUCAGUGAUUUGGCCAUUCGGAUCUAUCACCAAUUCAUUCUUGUAAUGGAGAAUAGCAUUCAGCACAUGAUCGUACCAGGUAUGCUGGAAUACGAGAGUCUCCAGGGAAUUUCUGGCUUGAAACCUACAGGGUUCCGUAAACGUUCCUCUAGCAUUGAUGACACAGAUACCUACACAAUGACAUCUAUCCUGCAGCAACUCAGCUACUUUUAUAGUACGAUGUGCCAGAAUGGCCUGGACUCUGAGCUUCUCAAGCAGGCGGUGAAGCAGCUUUUCUUUCUCAUUGGAGCGGUCACCCUCAAUAGUCUCCUCCUCCGCAAGGACAUGUGCUCUUGUAGGAAAGGAAUGCAGAUAAGAUGUAAUAUCAGCUAUUUGGAAGAAUGGCUUAAAGACAAGAAUCUUCAAAGCAGCAAUGCCAAAGAAACUUUAGAGCCUCUGUCUCAAGCAGCCUGGCUCCUUCAGGUCAAAAAGAUCACUGAUGAUGAUGCCAAAGAAAUAUGUGAACACUGCACAUCGCUUUCCACUGUGCAGAUAGUGAAGAUCCUCAACUCAUACACUCCGAUAGAUGAUUUUGAGAAAAGAGUGACUCCGUCGUUUGUUCGCAAAGUCCAGGCUAUGCUAAACAGUCGCGAGGACGGACCGCAGCUGAUGCUUGAUACCAAAUACCACUUCCAAGUGACGUUUCCUUUCACACCCUCUCCACAUGAUUUAGAAACGAUACAAGUCCCCAGCAGCUUCAAACUUGGCUUUCUCACAAGGGUUUAGUAAAACCAGUGCUUUGGUAUUUUCUCUGAGACUGAAUAAGGACAAGUAGACUUCCAUGCUUCCUUCCUCUUGCUGGAGGAUGGUAUGGUAGCUUGCCAUGAAUUAAGCCAUUAAAAUCUUGUUCUAAAGUCAAGACUUAAAAAAUAAGAAUCAUUUCAGCUUGUGAUUUCCUUCUCUGUUUUUUUUUUUUUUACUGUUGUUCAUUCCUCUUUACAGACCUAUAAUAAUGACAUCAGCUGGAUGCAAUUCCACACAGUUUUUUAGUCCAAACCUGAGGAAAGAAUUUAUCUGACAAGUUUACAUUGGUUCUCUGUCAGUAACAUUAAAGCACUAGUCAUAGGGAAAAGGUUAUGCUAGGAUCAAUGUACUGUACAGUUUUCCUUGAUUUGCUUUUGUACCAAAAUAUUUUUUUUUCCCCAAGAUCAUUGUUGUCUUGUGCUCUACUGAAUUUGUUUGACAGUAGUAUUCACCCUUCUAUACUUUCACUGCCUUUAUUCCUUUCGUGAAGUAAGUUGUUCAUGAACGUUGACAAGAGGACUGUAAAGAAGGGAAUAGAAAGUCCUCCUACAUUUGUUUGGAUUUUUUAAUGUAUUUUGUUGUUGUUGUUUUUUUAAUACAGAUAGCUACAUUGAACCUGGGGGGCUGUGGUCAGUCUAAGAGCAUUGCUGUAAUAAACACAUGCUGUCUUUGUAGGAAUGCUGGCUUGGCUCACUCAGGCUGUGUGCAUUAUAGUUCAGGCACAGCAGACAGCUCUUCAGCCAGGGGAGUAAUUUGGGCUCUUCUUUUGUAGGCAGAUUUCAGCUGUGUUCUCUGCAAUGCAUCUGGAUUUUUGUAUCAGUUGUCGGAGUAGAAAAGUCAGAUAUGAAAUUCCUGUUGUGAUCCAAAUUACAAGUUUAUUUCUUUAAAAAACACGAGUCCUGUUUUAGCGCCAUUUCUAAUGCAAUGUCUUUAGGAACAUACACUGAGUAUGCACUUAUGUACAGAUAUUUCUUUCUCCCAUUCGUUUUUGCUUGUUUCCGUCCCCUAGUUCAGAUACUGAGUAGGAGCUAUGGUCUGAAAUUACUGAUAAACCAAUCUUAAUUCCUUGCAUUUUUAAAUUGCAGGAUCCUUAGAAACAGAAGUGGUCUCCUUUUUGUUUCGUUCAACUUGAUUCCUGUAGGCAGAACCAAAGAAUAACAACUUUCUUUAAUACUAGAUCCUGUCAGAACAACUGGAGAAUCAGCAUGCACCUUGCUGCAGUGAUGGCUGUCAUUAGAAAUUCCUAAGAACAUACUGCUAGUUUUCUGGUUAGGCUAUUGUGGAAAUAUAGUACUAAAGCUUAGAAAUAUUGAAGGGAUUCUAAUUGACUUAGUUAAUUUAAAUAUUACUGGAAGAGACAUUUGAUUUUUGUAUUACAUAAUGUUUAAAAGUUGUAAAUAUAAAGAAGAAUAUUUUUGUUAUAUUGUGUCCUUGAUAUUUACUAUGAACAGUGUCAUAUUCAUAGUGAUAACUACAGAGAUGCACAAAGAAUAUAUGGAGGAACAUUUUCGUGUUUUGUUCAAAAGCUGUAAAAGUACAAAAUUCAGAGAUGUGUGGGUAGGCUGGUAUUCUUAUCUGUUAAAUAAAGCAGC